GUUUCCGCGCCAAUAUUGACACGCGCCCGGUCGGACGUCGCCGCGAUCGUCGUAGGUUGUCGAAAAGCGCGCGAUGUUAUUUUAAUAUAAUAUUAUAAUUUAUAGUGCGCUGUUGCAGUCGCGGACCGCGAAGCCGACAAGUAAUAAUAAAUGAUAAACGACGUGUACAACAAUUAAUUAUUAUUAUAAUAAUUAUACAACAAGACAAGACUACGCUCUGCCCGACGGCCCCGACGACUGACACCCGAGGGCCUGCCUAUUGUAGACGCCUCCCCAAAUAAUAUAAUACAUAAUUAUAUUAUUGUCAUAACAUUAAACUUUUAUCGACGAUUCGCGUAAUAAUAAUAAUUAUUGUUGUUGUUCUUGUUGUAUUAUUUUAGCACCGACACUUGUUGCCCGCCUUCGUCGUCCGUGUCCGGUCACCGUCGCCGGAAUGUUAGCGACCACCAAGCGCGCAGCGAUUGUUGCGCUGUGGUUGGUGUGCUGUUACUACGACCAAGUGAGUGCAAAGGCGGCCACCCACGAUCACGUGAGGACAAAGAGCUCUUCACGUGCGCCGAGGGCCCAACAACUGGCGACCGGCAUGCCCGCGGUGACCGUGGCGGCCCGCUCGUCGACCGUCAGCGGCGGACGAUCGACAGACUCCGACGCUGACACCGACGCCGACGUGGACACCGACACCGAAACCGACACCGAUACCGAAAUCGACACCGACACUGCAAUGGUGCCCGUCGCCAAACCGUCCAAGCCGCAGGACACCGGCAGGGGCGGUCUCGGGGGGCUGGGCAAUUUCUUGUUCCGGAAGCCGAACAAAAUUUUCAAGAGCCUCAUGCGGACCAGCGUCAGAGUCGUGCAGCGUGGCAUGGACGCAUUCCAGGGGGUGUCAAACAAGGUGUACCGCGUGGCCCGGAAACAGAUCGGCGGGUCGCGGGCCGGCGGAUCUUCGUCGGCGUCCGCUGGUAAAUCGGACGAGGGCAGCGACAGGACACCGGUAAAGCGACAAGCAGACGCCGUGAAAAAACCGACGGGCUUCGUCAAGAGGGUGGCCAAAAUGCUCGACACCGGGAUCGCGGGCAUUGAACAGGUCACCGACCUCGGUCUGCUGUUGGGCAACAUUGGCACGCACAAGAUCAUGGCCAAACUGGACGGCAAGAGUGGCAACCAGGAGAUAUUCAAAAUGCUGGUCAAAUACGUCGGUUCCAAAGUUGGCAAAGGAGCCAAAGGCAGCGUGACCCAGUUCAUCAAUGAUGUGGGUACGGUAUCGACUUUCGCAGCCACAGACGACGAGGUGACCACUUCGAUAUCCUUGAUUAUGGAAAAGUUCAUGAGUAACCCCAAGGUGAGCGCAGCCAUGGUGCGUUUGGUUCUCACUGUUUUGGACGGCAGUCCGUCUACAGCAUGCUUGCUCGAUCAAUUGCCGUUGUCUCCCCAAGACGUGCGGAUGGUGUUAGAUGUAUUCGUGGGCAGCAAUGGACAAAUGAUGUUGAAAACCAUUGCGGGGUUGGUGUCAGACUUGACCACCGGGCCAGAUACGAAAGCGUUUUUGGAAUCGGCCUUGGGCAUGAUGUCCAUGUUCAAAAGUGACACUCCAGGGCCAGUGGGAGGAGAUAAUUCGGAGAAGCCGACUUCUAUUGUUGGUUCACUGACUAGUUUCUUUACGGGAGAUGACGGGGAGGAAGAUGACUAUGUUGAAGAUGACGUCCCUGAAAAAUCUACGCCACCGCCAAUUGCUAAUAAUAUUAAAAAAGCUAGUACUGCUGAGGGAAACGCACCGAAACCGUCUGCGAAAAAACCAGCCAAACCUAAGGCCGAUGACGAUUGGUUCACUAAAACAGAAUCCACGUUCGAAGCACCAAAGAAAAAAGCCAAAUCCAACGAAGACCCUUGGUUUGUCGACACUGGAACCACGACUAAUUCGUUACCAAAAAAACCAGCCAAACCCAAAUUAGACGAUUUUUUCGAGAAAAGCGCCACAAAUAGCGUCCACGGAAGCGAGAAUGGCAGUGAUAAAAAAAAUGUUGGCAGGAAGAAAGAGGAGUCUGGAAGUCUUAGCACGGACUCCACCGAUAAUACCGAACCGAUUAGUGUAACGACAAGUAAAAAAUCUGUCGCCAAAAUGCCAAACUCAGAUGUGGAUGACGACUUUGACAUAUUAGAGGAAGAUGAAGAAUAAUAAGGGAGUUCAUAUUUUACAGUUUGCAGACUCACCUAAAUAAAUUUAACCACCCAUAUUGCAUAUCUUGACUUGUACUUCUUACUUUUCAAACAAUAAUAAAACAUAAUCCAUCAUGUAUAGGAUUAAAAUUUAUAGGAUCCUAACAGCAUCGCAAUAACGAGCACUAGAUAAUAUCAUUAAUUAUAUGUAUACAGAGUGAUUCACCGAGCAUUCAUCCUUUUUUAUUUAUAAAUAAUGGAGUUAUUCAAAAUCUUAUUUUUGAAAUCUUGAUAUUCUUGAGAUUUCAUAGCAAACGCAUGGUGUUCCGAAUAAUUUUUUAUACAACAAAUAACCUUGUUACCCCGAAACAACUAAUAUACAUAUAAAAAGGUGUGAAGAAUUAAUACAUUAUGUAAUAAUGCAAAAAUGUAAAAUGUAAAAAUGCAUAUAAAAUGUAAAGUAAUAUAUUUAGGUAUCGAAAAAUCUUUUGAAAAAUAAAAAAUACAUAUUGGUACUACUAAACAACAGAAGCGAUAUAAUGCAUAUUACAUAGUAUGGUUAAAGAAAUGCUAUAAUUUUAUUCUUUUUGGUGAAACAUAUAUUUUGCAGUUUUGCCAUAUCUACGAAUAUUAUUAAAACUAUAGAAGUAAAGCAGAUUUAUAACUUCAUUUAAA